AUGAGCACUAGGAGAGGUAACAGGGCAUACGACAAACUAAUAAACGAAUCAUCGACUAAUGAGCCAAAGAUGUUGCGAUCCAUGACGUUGCCAACAAACUUCUUUGAUGAAUUCCCGGUGAAAUUUGUCGUGGAACCGAAAGUUCCAAGUAAAGUAAACAAGUUUGUAGAAAAGGAAGCAAAAAAGGCGAGCAAGGUACAUCCGUUUUUUAGCUUGUUUGAAAGGAAAAACCGGAAAAAGAAAGCAACUGCUAAACCCGAAUUCUCAAGGUAUAUGCAGUAUCUUAAGGAAGCGGGUAGUUGGAAUGAUAAUUCAGCUAAGCCUGUGAUUUACUGA